AACUACAACACCCACAAUUCCAUGCGGGGCCAGUCGGAGAGCUAUUAGUAGUAGCUAGUAAAACGAAUGUUGUGUUUUUAAAAAGCUGUUACGCAAUGUAAUUUCAAAGGUUGUUUGCAUAGUUAUAGGAUUCCACGUAAGAAGAGUAUAUUGUCAGCGUCUUUACGCGAGAGAAGUUGACAUUCCAUCAUGACGUCCUGACGCCAGCCCACGCUUGCGUCUGCCGGUCACAAUGAGCGUCGUGACUCUGGGCCUUGUGCUCGUGGCCGUGUUCUUUCUGGCGCUCGGCCUCCUCCAUCGCUAUGGCGACUUGAGGAAGCAGCAACGGAUGGUCCUGCUGGGGACGCUGGCGUCCUGGUACCUCUGUUUCCUCAUCGUCUUCAUCCUGCCGCUGGACGUCAGUACGACCAUCUACAAGCAGUGUCUGUUGGAUAAUGCACGUCUUCCUACCCCUGUGACUCUGACGACGUCGACAAGAAGCUCUAAUAGGACAGGAAACAGCUCUACUCUUGAUCCAACUGCGCGUGAAGCAAGUGUGUGUGAAAAGCCAUGGAGUUACAUACCAGACGGUGUUCUACCUGUCUUCUGGAGAGUUGUGUAUUGGACGUCUCAGUUUCUCACAUGGUUGCUGCUGCCCUUCAUGCAGUCGUACGCGCGAUCGGGAGCGUUCUCCCGAGUGGGAAAGUUGAAAGCUGCCCUUGUUGAGAAUGCCAUCUACUACGGCACCUACCUGCUCAUCUUCAUCUUUCUGCUCAUCUACGUCGCCGCGCACCCACAGUGGCGACUCACGUGGACUGAGUUUCAGACCAUCAGCAUCACGGCCGCCAACACGUGGGGCCUCUUCCUCCUGGUGCUGUUGCUUGGCUACGGCCUGGUGGAAAUCCCACGUUCCUAUUGGCUGUCAUCCUGCCACGCCCACUUGCUGGCCAAAACCUACUUCAAGGUUGCAAAGAUGGCCAGCGAGAAAGUGGCGGCGGAGGAGAACUUGGCCGAUGCCAUGGAGGAGGUGUCAGUCGUCAACGCGUCAGUCAAGUAUAGCCACUCGCUCAGGAAGUGUGUGGACACCAUUUUGACAAAAUGUCCCAUAGAGUACCAGGAGGAGAUGGGCAAAGACGUGGAACAUCCCUGUGAAGAUCGGCUGGUCCUUCCAACCAAAAGAAGCCUCGUCCAGCUCCAUACAAAAGUGAUCUCUGCCAUGCAGCGGUGCGGUCAGACUCGAGUUCAGUGGUCCAUGUUGCUGGAGAGGGUUUUCCAUCUCGAAGACGUCGCUAAGAGCCGCAGCAGCCCGACGUACCGCUUUGUGCGCAGCUUCGCAACGACAGAGCGUGACAGCUGCGUCCGGAAAUUUCUCUACACUCCCAAAGUAGAGUGGUACUGGGAAUGCGUCUUCCGUCAGGUGUUCUAUAAGCUGCUGGCACUGCUGCUGUUUUUGCUCUCCGUGGUGGUGGUGUGGUCAGAGUGCACCUUCUUCAGCAGGCAUCCGGUCCUCUCCCUCUUCGCCAUUGUUGUCCGCGUGACUCAACACCAGCGCUACUACAUUUGUACUGAGGUGGUGUGCUUCGUCACCAUCCUCUUCCUGUGCGUGUGCGUCUACUCCACUGUGUUCCAGAUCCGCGUGUUCAACUUUUACUGCCUGGCGCCUCAUCACCAGACGGACGCCUACAGCCUGCAGUUCAGCGGCAUGUUAUUUUGUCGCCUGACUCCUCCGCUGUGCCUCAACUUCCUGGGUCUGAUCCACAUGGAUCCCGCCGUGUCGCCCCAGGACCGAAUACACACGUCCUAUACGUCUAUAAUGGGCUCCAUGCAUCUGCUGUCGUUCAUAUCCAAUGGCUUCUACAUCUACUACCCCGUUUUGGUAUUGCUGCUCUGCUUUGCCACCCUAUAUAACCUGGGUUCUCGCUGUUUGAAUCUGCUGGGCGUCCAUCAGUACGUUGCCGAUGACGACCUGAGCUCGGAUCUGGUGGACGAGGGCAAGGAGCUCGUCAGGAGAGAAAGAAGAAAACGACAGAAAAGUGAGAAUGCAGCAAACGCAAGCGUGUCAUGGAGAGAGCGAUAUGGAGGAGUCCACGGGGCUUCAGGGGGGAGCAGAACUGGUUACGUUGAAAUCAAAGAUGACCAGGAAACUCAAACCAAGAAAAGCAUUAUAGGCUUCGCUUGGCGAAACUCUGAUGAGCAGCAGAGGAGUUUACUGCACAGCAAUGACGAUGGAUGACGACCCGACAAAAUGCUUGUUUAACACUGUAUGUUCUUGUUGUCCGACUUCAUCUCUGUACUAUUUUUGCAUAGGGAAAUCCACCAUAUGACGUUACCACUUUUAAUACCACAACCUUUGGUGAUAUUUGACAUACAUUAGGCAUAAGAGGAAGGAAGUAGUUAGGUCUUGAUGGAAGUAGGAAGGUCUUGAUGGAAUUACUCAGGAAAAAUAAUAAAACCACGUCAAAGUCCAAGAAGUGGGAACAAUUAAUUGCCAAGAGCAUUACUGCCACCCAUUCUGACAUUUUCCAUUAUGCACCUCUUGAAACUGUGAACAUGCAUGCACGAUGUGUGUGAAGUGUCAGUUUUCUACAAAUGCUCCUUUUUAUGAGGACUUUUUUUUUGGAUAAAUUAUUAAAGUGUCAUGUAACAGUCA